AAAAACAAGUUUGCCCUGUUGCCUUCGACAUUAGGCACGUGGCCUGAGGUUAGGGAACCAAGUCCUCUGGGACGAUGCGGCGAAAAUCACCCAAUAAGCACACGUGGACUUAUUCAGAACUCGUUCCCAAUGAAACGCAACACUCAGAAAUAAAGACAGUCAAAAACUGGAACAUAGAAUCCGCCAGAACCUCUGGGAAGCUGGGGCCUGCUGCCUGCAUGGCACCGCGCAAAAAGUGCCAACAGUCCGCCGCAGUGAUUAGACCUUCUCUGGAGAAUCGACACGGCAAUCUCCCAGGUACUUUGCUUCACCCCACCAACACCACAGCACAUCCUCGUAAUACAACUCAAGGCUAGAGAUAUCUGCAGCCAUGUCGUCACAUUCUGCCGAGCAGGAAAAAGUGGUGCUCAGGGUCUUGUCAUGCAAGCCUCACCAGUACUACGAAAUCCUAGAGUGCGAGAAGUCCGCCUCCGACUCCACGAUCAAGAAAUCGUACAGAAAGUUGGCCAUCAAACUCCAUCCGGACAAAAACUCGCAUCCGAGGGCAAGCGAGGCAUUCAAGUAUUUGAACAAGGCCUGGGGCGUGCUCAGUGAUCCGAGCAAAAAGCGCAUUUUCGACCAGACGGGCUCAGACCCCGACUCUCGAUUUGCGGGCUCCAGCUCUCCUGGCGCCGGAGCCACCAGCGGGUUUUCGCGUGGCUUUGGUAAUGCUGGUGGCGCUGGGGCGCAGGGUUUUGAGGAUGACAUCUUCAACAUGUUUUUCGGAGGCGGCGCAGCUCCAGGCCACACGACAUUCACUUUCGGCGGCAACAAUGGAUUCACUUUCCAGAGCUUCGGCAACGGGUUCGAUCCGUUUGCGGGCAAUUUUGCCCAGCAGCAAAGACAGAGACAGAGCCAGAGACAGAGCCAGCAGAACCGCGCAGAACCCACGUCCUGGGAAACGCUAAGGCAGUUGGCACCGGUGCUUCUUGUUUUGUUGGCGACGCUAUUGUCGUCUCUUUUCUCGGGCGACAGCGCCCCCGAAUACUCAUUCACCAAAAGCUCCAAGUUCCCAGUCCGCAGAAACACGCCGACGUUCGAGAUUCCUUACUUCGUGAGUGAAAGCUUCGUCAAAGACAAGAACGGAAGGGCCCUCCACAACUUCGACACCAAGGUCGAAAACACAUAUAUCCUGGAUAAACGAGCCCGGUGCCGCCGCGAGCAGACGCGUAGACGCGAGAUGAUCCAGGAUGCACAAGGGUGGUUUUUCACGGACGAGAAGCGCAUGAACCAAGCGCGAAACAUGCCCAUGCCUGCGUGUUCGGAGCUCAAAGGAAUGGGGAUCAUAUAGAAUGUUUAUUGUCGGGGCUGGCUCAAUCGAAAGCUGCGCGUGGCUGCAUGUUCUUUUCCAUUGCCUGUUUCUCGGUGCUUGGAGGUGACAUAGUAAUCUCGUGGAUAAGGAGUAACUCUGUCGCACUUCGUGCAAUAGAACCACAAGGUGUUCGUGGAAAUAGAAAGGCUGGCUGCCGUGCGAU